GCAAGUUUCAAGGUAAUCCGGGAAGAACGAAAACAAUUGUGGAAAGAUGGAUAAAAAGCACAGAGACUUGUUGAGAAAGAACAGAAUGUUACUAGUAGAAGAUUUAGAAGCUACCCAGCUAUCCAAUUUUUUAUAUCAGGAGGGAGGUAUAUCGGAAAACGAUAUGCAAACCAUAAAGGCAAAACCCACGAGACAAGCUCAAGCGGAAAAGCUUCUGGACAUUCUUCCUCGUCGUGGACCGAAAGUUUUUGAUGUGUUUUGCCGAGCUCUUGAACAAACUGACGGCCAAGACCACCUAUUGGAUUUGUUUAAGACGAAUGGAUCACCUGCCUCUGGUAAAUAAUGAACGUUCGUUAUGACGUGUUUUAUGACUUAAAGUAUGUAGUAACUUUCAGUCUCUCUUUUGAUUAGAGUUAGAAGCUCUCUUAAUAAGGCUAAGCUUAUUGAUUCUUACUAAUCGUUGUAAUAAGUAUGUAACUCUCUGGAACUUCCCUUGGCCCAAAAUAUUUUACACAGCUCUAAUUUGUCAGUUUCCAUGAUACGUUUUAAACGUUUUGAGCACCAUUGUACAAGUUACGAUUGUGUUUUCCUUGCAUGAUAUUUAUGGACCUCAGACCACUGAUUAGGUUCUUUUUCUUUUUACCCGAAAGGUUUUCAAAGUAAUGGUUGAUAAGAGUUUCAUUAUAACCCUUUAACUUGCAAGAUCUGAUUGUUAAUUCACCCCCUUCAGCUGCUACACAUAACCUUGUAAAUUACUUGUGAGAAUUUGGUUUUAACCCAAGAUGACUUCUACCUGAUAAGUCUGAGUAUUCUUAUUACCUGUUUAUGGGAUAAUGUAUGAAUAUCAUGGGGAGAAGAUACACUCAAAAAGCUCUCGACUGUCGGUCAAAUUAUCUACCAUAGGAACUGUAAAGAGAAAAUUUUAACAUACUGAUGUUGGGGGAAAGCAGUGUUCUCCCUUAUUUUAAGCAUGAGAAGUUAAAAUAAAUUUUCAAACCAGUAAAGCAAUCCUUUUAAUUGUUAAAUUUUCAAGAAUUCCAAGCAAUUUUAAUGUUAAUAGGAGGUACUACAGGCAGUAAAUAUUACCAGUUACUGCCUGAAAAGGAGAACACUGGUAUAGAGGGUUAAUUUUUUUGUUUAGAAGUAAUACUGUUAAGGAAAAUUAGAUUCUAGUCACUCCUAGGGAUUAUAGGGUUAAAGAGAAAUUUUUACUUUCAUUUUUUUUUUUUUAUUAACUUAAAGGAGCAGUGUCAAGCUCGAUCCAGGAUGAAAACAGAGGCAGCAUCUCACUGGAGCGGAGUGACGGCACCAGACCAAUUGACUCAGAGCAAGUGACUAUGAAAUCCAAUACCUCUACUUCAUCGCAAGUCAAGAAGAAUGUUCUGCGUGGUUCUGAUGAUGAUGACUUGGUUUACUCCAUGAAGUGUGAACCUCAUGGCUUAUGUUUGAUUGUUAACAAUGUAGAUUUUGAGAAUCUUAGUAGAAGAGGUGGCUCUGAUGUGGAUGCAAAAAAACUUGAUGAAUUGUUUACUAAGCUUCAGUACAAAGUCAAAAUGGUCAGGAAUCAGACUUCAAAACAGCUCAAAGAAACUCUGACCCAGUUUGCAAGAUUGAAUGACCAUGGAAUGGCAGAUUCUGUUGUUGUCUGUCUCCUUAGUCAUGGGUUGGAAGGGCAAAUUUUUGGUGUUGAUGGAGUGCUUGUGUCCAUUCCAGAUCUUCUGGCAUUGUUCAAUGGUUAUGCAGCAAAAGAUCUCAUUGGGAAACCAAAGAUGUUUUUUAUCCAAGCUUGUCGUGGAAGUGAUUUUGAUCAAGGAGUAGAGGUGACUGAUGGUGGGUAUACGUCUACCAAAGAAGUUCCAGUUCCAAAGGCAAAAAUAGCUGCUGUUCUUCAGGCACACUUACCUGACACAGUGGAACCAGAGCCAGAACCAGAAUCACUCCCUGCCGAAGCUGACAUGUUAGUUGCUUACUCCACUGUUCCAGGAUAUGUUUCCUGGAACAAUUUGGCUAAAGGUUCCUGGUUUGUCCAAGCUAUAGCUGAUGUUUUUAGUGAUUAUGCCCAUACUGAAGAUGUUGUCAGUAUGUUGAUCAGAGUAAACAAUAAAGUUGCCAGGGAGUUUGAGUCAUAUAAUAGAAAGAAACAGAUGCCAGCACCUGUAAUCAUGUUGACUAAAAAAGUUUUCUUUUUCCCUUCAUAGUAGGUGUGAAAGCAGAACACAUUGUAGUACUCUGAUGUAAAGAAAGGAAAAUGAUGUUCUAUUUUUUUAGAAUGGUCUAAAAAAAACGGAAAGAAAUGAAUCCCAGCACCUGUAAUCAUGUUGAUUAAAGAAGUUUUCUUUUUCCCUUCUUAGUAGGUAUGAAAGUAGAACAUGUAUUAGUACUCUGAUGAUGAAGAGAAAGGAGAAAAAUGACCCAUUUUUUUAGGAAUAUGCGUUUUAAGGAAAAAAAAAGUUUUAAUAUGACAGCUAAUCUGAUCAGUUCUGAUAGGAAAAUAGUUCAAAAGUUGAAAUGAUAACAAUGAAGAACACAGAACAAUGACGUAACUGAACUGCAUCAAAUGGCAGAAGCCCAGAAACCACUAAUUAAAAGUGACAAUAAAUUACAGCUGCUGGAGGUAAGGAAGAAUGCACUGAUUAUUGCUGCCUUCUUUAGACCUCUUAACCCUUAUACUCCCAAGAUCUGAUUGUAAAUUCUCCCUUCAAGCUGCCAGACAUUUCCUCAUUAGUUAGGUAUGAGAACUUGAUGUUAGAUCACAAUUAUCACUACAUGAUAGGUUUGAGUAAUGACAUCACCUGUUUCCUGGAUAUAGCUUGAUCUUAAAGAUAUUAAACCUACAUGUUAAUCACUUCUGGUAGAUUAAGAGUUAGUUUAUACCUAUUUUAUUUUGAAAACUAGAGAAAGAGUAAAAUUUCUGCCAUGUAGUUGAAUCUCACCAGACAUCUAGACACACUAACUGUAAAAUGUGCAGCUGCAAGUAUGUGUCAAGUUGUGAUUGUUGUGGUAAUCCUGCUGCAUAUCACAUUUUUGUAUGAAAUUUUUGUAAGAAAUGAUUAAGUGGAAUUAGCCUUGAGGUUUGUAUUCAAAGUCUUGUAAGAUUUCUAGACUCUCUAACUUCAACAUGCACCGCU